AUGUUGGAAAAUUCCGAGGCGAUCGUUCUUAACGUCUCGCCGGCGUUUUCCACUGCGUAUAAUGGCGUACAGUUCACGUGGGCACUCCGAUUGUCAGACGAAUGUGUUGUAUCAUCCUGUGGUAUGGGUUUUAUCAUUACACUUUGCAUAUUAUUUUUACAUAAGUACGCUACUGUAUCAUCAGUCCGCCAUGUUUUCGUUCUUCUUUAUUAUAAAGAUGGUCCGUGUAGUGAUGUCAUAGUGGAGGAGGCAAAGGCGUCAAUAUUUUGUCCACAAUCUGGUGCCGAAUUGUUUUCCGGUUUUUCGUCAGAAAACUCAUGUGAAUUCACAAAAGGAAGUGGAUGGCCGUUACUUCCUAGUAAAUCAAUGGAAAGCACUUUCACUGAUUUCGUGCAUCAACACAUCGAUAAACCCUUGAAUAUCGUCGUGGAUAUUAAGUUCAAGAAUUCGUUGUUUGAUCCACUCAGUUAUUUGCCGGACAUCGAGCGUGCAUAUAGAAGUCAACGUGUUGAGGAAAUCUGUGAGAAGUUCAUUAGUGAUUAUUACAACAAAACCAUUCAUAUUCCGAACUUAGAUCUGUUUCACGUACAGGACGACAAAUUCUCAAUGCAUCGUUUGGUGUUUCUAUUUGGGUGUGAUCGUGUGGAAAAAGAGUGCUUCAGCGAUGACGAAGAACUAACGGAACAUGGGUUAAAUCUUGUUAGAAGUACAUUCGCCCAUGUAUACUUUGAGCAAGUAUUAAUGAAGGAAGUGCAAUAUUUCGAAGACUUUAUCUCGCUUCUCGAAGGAAUCGAUCAAGCUCAUAUUCCUCCAUUGAGAAAGGAGAUGGAGCGAUUCAUGUGCAGAGAGGUCAUGUCGGAAGAGGUUGACUCGGACUUUACAAAAAAAAUGCUACUGUUAGCCGAACGAUAUUCGUUAGAUGUACUGAAGAUGGUGAUAAAUGGUGUACUGGUUGAUCAAAUCAUCGCACAUUCCAAUCCACCUGGUGAAUUGGUCACCAUUUCGAAUGAAUUGAAGCGAAUGGCUACUGAAAUUCAAGAUAGUCUGCCAAUGGAUCCAUCUACACAAGCGGAAGAAGUGCUGGUUGAUUCGGUUCUAGAAGAUCUUCAGUCGUUAACACGACGAGUUCGACGAGUUUCACUUUCGCACUCGCCCUCAUCAACAAUCUCAAGUCCAUCGAAUUCACCUCCUGGUGGAGCUACACCAACAGAUCAGUCGGCGCUUUCACCAGCACCGGUAACUAUUCGCCCGUUUGAGUCAACGGAAACGCCAAGUCGUUUCAAGCGAAUCGAACUGGUCUAA